UUUAGCAGCAGACACAUUUAUUUUAACAGAUUAUAAAACGUGGCCUACAGCUUUUAGAGUGGGAGGAGCGGAGUAAUCAUAAUAACAACAGAUCUACAAACGCUGUGCACAGACCCUGCUCCCAUACACAGUGAAGGGUUAGACUGUUCUAAAUCCAGUCCAGUGGAGGGCUUGAUUUAGCUCUCCCAGGCGUCCACCUAAACGUUUUUCACCGUAUUCGACCCCUCAACUCGCGUGUCCUCUACAUGUUUCAAAUUUUCCCCACCAGCCGUGGCGUCGACAUGGACAGAGUCGUUUUGUAGAGUCUCGGUCGUUGUUUGUAUGGCCGGAGUAUGCUGCAAGUGUCCAGUCUCUCUGUCCGUGUUCAAGCGCUCUCUCUCGGUAACGCCGCGGGGCUGCGGGACCGCUCCUCGGUCCCUCCUACCGAGCUGGAGGCUGGGGGAGCGGGGCCUGCAGGAGGCUGCCCGUCCCUCCAGCGUCCUUAGACCCGCAGGCUUUUACCGACACACGACGUUCUUCUGUCUCUUUUGCCAGGAGUCCAUGAGUUUGAGUCUGCGGACCUGCUAUCUGUACCUGAACCAAACCAGCCGGAGUUUUGCAGCUGUGAUACAAGCGCUGGACGGGGAGUUAAGGCAUGCAGUUUGUAUUUUCUACCUGGUGCUGCGAGCGCUGGACACCGUCGAGGACGACAUGACUAUCCCUCUGGACAAGAAGGUUCCCAUGCUGAAUGAUUUCCACACCUACCUGUACCAGGAUGGGUGGUGCUUCACCGAGAGCCAGGAGAAAGACCGACAGGUUCUGUCGGAUUUCCCCACGAUAUCACUGGAAUUCAGAAACCUUGCUCAGCAAUACAGAGAUGUCAUCUCAGACAUCUGCCACCGUAUGGGAGCCGGAAUGGCCGACUUCUUGGAAAAGAAAGUGGGAUCCAUGAAGGAGUGGGACCUGUAUUGUCACUACGUGGCCGGUCUGGUCGGUAUCGGUCUGUCUCAGCUGUUCUCUGCAUCCCAGCUGGAGGACCCCGAGGUGGGGCGCGACACUGAGCUGGCCAACUCCAUGGGCCUGUUCCUCCAGAAGACUAACAUCAUCCGAGACUAUCUAGAGGACACACAAGAGGGACGUGUCUUCUGGCCACAAGAGGCUUGGAGUCAGUUUGCAGGUCGUCUGGAGGACUUGGCCCAGCCAGAGAAGCUGGAGUCGGCUCUCUCCUGUCUCAACCUGCUGGUCACUGAUGCUCUGCGACACGUCCCGGAUGUUAUUGCCUACCUGUCCCGCCUGCGCAACCAGAGCGUCUUCAAUUUCUGUGCCAUUCCACAGGUGAUGGCAAUAGCUACGCUGUCGACAUGCUACAACAACCCCAUGGUGUUCCAGAAAGUGGUGAAGAUCAGAAAGGGACAGGCAGUCACACUCAUGAUGGAAGCCACCAACAUGAGUGCUGUGCAGACCAUCAUCGCCCAGUACAGCCAGGAGAUUUUACAGAAGGUCUCCCACACGGACCCGUCGCGGGACAAGACCCUGCACAUCCUGGCUCUAAUCCGAGAGAAGUCCACCCUUUCACAGUCUAGCCUCGCCUCCAGGACCCACCACCUGUCGCCCAUGUACCUGUCUGCUGCCAUGCUGCUCGCCGCUCUCAGCUGGCAGUACCUAAGCACCACUGCAGCACAGGCACAGGGCACCGGUGACAUGCAGGGACCGUGAACCCAUAUCACCUCCAUCUUACCCGGGGCCCACAGACUCAGAAAGCCCCUAUGCCCACUCUGGAGGUCUGCUGGAAUCUAAAACACUUCCUCCCACUUUGCCCUGUUUAUUAUGGCCAUCACAGGACCAUGGAUAUAUUUAGACCAUGGAGGGGGUAUAGCAGGCUGGUCUGUGUUUGAUUGGGAUUUCUAGUAGUCCAUCCUGCAUCUGGAUAAAUAAUUUACACACAGUGUUGUGUGGUUAUACUCACCAGCAUAAAUGGCACAUUAAAACCAUUUAGGGCGUUUUGUCUGAUGUUAAUUUUGGUUGUGUGUUCUUUCUUUCUUUUUUUUUUGGUAACAUGUUGGCCCUUUUGAAUUGCGUGAACUUAUUCAGCAUAUUUGAACAUUUCAAGAUAGAAAAUGUAUUCCCCAAAAGUGAUGAAAUGCAGAGUACAUGAUACUACCCAUUUUAGGAUUUUGGGGAACACAGUCCCCAAACUCCAUUAAAUUUUUGUGUCAAAUCUUAGUCUUCAUAUUUUCCAUGUCAAAUUUAAAGCUAUCUUCAUAUUCCACUUGAUUUGUUUCUACACUGGAAACACUCCUUUUCACACAAAUGAAAGUACUGUUCCAGUGCACUUUAUAGUAAAUGUGCUGUAUGUUAGCAUAGGUGAUAUGGACAGCAUCCACUCACCGUAGAGCUUUAUUUCAACACUUUUAUGUCGAUGUUCUUUCUGUUUCAUCUCUAUAGGAGAAAAUGAAAAGAACAGCAUUUCCAAGGUAGUUUGGACAUGGACUGUUUGAAUGAAUAAGGGAGAACAAAUGUAAUUUCCGGUACAUUUGAUAUCUGAAAAUGAAAUGCAUAUGGAGACCGCUAGCUUAAGUGCCCUUAACACAGCUUUGGUGAGUAGGAAGGCUAUAGCACAGAGUAACCUUGUACAGAACCAAAGGAGAGCUACAAACAUUGCUAUGUAAUGUGACAUUUUGAUUUGUACAUAUUGAACAAAUAAAGAUGAGUAAGAAUCUAAA